UCCCUCUUCGCAAGCAGUCAAAACUCACCACAACCGAUCGCCAUCACUCUUUCCUUUUUCACUUCCAAAUUCCCAAACCAUAACAAAAAAAGCAGCAGACUUCGCUGUAAACUACCCAAAUUCCUCUCCUUCGCUCUCUCCGCAAUGGCCAGUUACAGGCUCGCCGCCGUCAUCAAGAACUCAUCCGACGACGAUUUCCUUGUCGUCAAGCAAACCCCGCCUCCGCCGCUGCCGGAGGAGGAGUACCAGCAGUGCGACUCCGAGCUCUGGGACUUGCCUUCAACUCUACUCAAGCCACUGAUCGGAGACCAAAGGUCCCUACUUGCGAUUCAAGGCGCCGAUUCUGUCAGCGAUAAGGUGGACACUGGAGGCCUUGAUCUCGUUGCAGGUCUUGAUCAGGUUUGGGUACAAUUGAGUUUGGAAGCUGCAGCAAUUGGGAAUUGGUCUCUCCUGAAAUAUGUUGAAGAACCUGAAUUUGGUCCAGGACCACCUGUUCACACAUUGUUCUUAGUUGGGACUUUGGACCACAAAGUCGAAAACUUUCGAGACUCCUGUAAGUGGAUAUCCAAGGAAAAUGCAUUGGAGUUGCUUCUAGAAAUGAACAAAAGUUGCCACCGUAUUGGGCCUUUUGUGGUUACUGGACUACUAUGUGAUUCAACUAAUGGUGAAAAAUUGAAAGCCUUUCAAACAUUAAACUAUCAGGAGUACCCACCAGGUCUCAUGCUUGUACCCAUGAGAAGUAGAACAAGGGAGCCUUUUCAUACAACAAAUCUAGUAGUUAUGGUACCACAUAGUGGUAAUUUAAUUGAAGAUUCCAAUUAUAACAUUUAUGGAGAUGCAUUGCUUGUGGAUCCGGGUUGCUGUACACAAUCCCACUCGGAGCUAGCAGAUCUCGUGGCUGCAUUGCCGAGAAAGCUAGUUGUCUUCGUUACUCAUCAUCACUAUGACCAUACUGAUGGUCUGUCAAUCGUCCAAAAAUGCAAUCCAGACUCUAUUCUCUUGGCACAUGAAAAAACCAUGAAUCGAAUUGGGAAAGAUGCAUGGUCUCUUGGUUAUACCUCAAUUUCCGGUGGUGAGAAGGUACAAAUAGGAGGACAAAUAUUCGAAGCACUAUUUGCUCCGGGUCAUACAGAUGGUCAUCUAGCUCUUCUACAUGUUAAUACAAACUCGCUCAUUGUAGGAGAUCACUGUGUAGGUCAUGGGAGCGCAGUUCUGGAUGUCAGAGCUGGUGGAAAUAUGAAGGAUUAUUUCUUGACAACAUACAAGUUUCUGGAACUCUCACCGCAUGUGCUGAUACCAAUGCAUGGUAGAAUCAACUUAUGGCCCAGAAGGAUGCUGUGUGGAUACCUCAAGAAUCGCAGAAGUAGAGAACUGUCGAUUUUGCAAGCCAUAGAAAGUGGUGCACGGACAUUAUUUGAUAUAACUGCCAAGGUAUAUGCUGAUGUGGAUACCAAGUUGUGGCUUCCAGCUUCGUCAAAUGUGAGAAUUCAUGUUGAACAUUUGGCUUACCAAGAGAAGCUACCACAGGAUUUUUCAGUUGAAGAGUUCUAUCACAGUUAUCAUGCAUUCCUAGAGAAGCUGAGUUCUAAUAGCAUGAAGAAAUAGGAGUAUAUAUAUAUUGCUUUAUUGUAUUCUUAUAUAUAUUACAUACUUCUCCCCCUCAUGUAAUAAACUUUCAUGUAUAAACAAAAUGUCCAAAAUAAAUUAAAGUUGGGAGCAAUGGAUUUAA